CUCGUCAACGCUCUUUCUGAUGAUAGGCAAGUUGUGGUAUUAUUUCCUGGCUUUAAGACCUUGGUCGUUUCAAGCGGCUAUUCCUUCAGUUACUUUAGGCUCUUUGCUGUCUUGGAAGUAUCAGGAUAGAUGGGACUUUUCCAAGUUAUUUCUUUCACUUGCUGUAACAUUGAGUCUUCAGGGAGCUGCUAAUCUUUUAAAUACUUACUUUGACUAUGUCAAAGGUUAUGACACCGAAGAAUCCUAUGGCGAUCCAACUUUGGUUCGCGGUUUACUUAACAUUUUCGAAGUCUGGAUACUUGCAUCCAUAAUGUAUUUCUGUGCUUGCCUUUCUUUAUAUUUUCUAGAAGUAGUAACUCAUUUAAACCUGAUCACGCUUGGAAAGUUGUUUUGGGUAGGACUCAUUUUGACGUAUAUGUAUAAUGGAGGCAUCAAAGGUUUCGCUCUAAAGUACUUUGCUUUGGGAGACUUCGCCAUCUUCGUUUCUUUUGGGCCCAUGAUGGCUGUUUUUGGUUAUCUGAGUCAGUGUGGUGAAUAUAGUUGGUUACCUGUGUGGUAUUCCAUUCCAGUGGGACUUCGAGUUGAAGCCAUCUUGCAUGCCAACAAUCACAGAGACCUUGAGUCAGACAGAAGAAAUGGUGCUAUAACUGUUGCCAACUUGUUAGGAAAUACCUUAUCUACUCUGUUUAUGUUUAUCUUGUUGUUUUUUCCAUACAUUUUCUGCGUAUUGCAAGCGCGCUUUCUUAGCACUUGGUAUUUGGCCCCCUUGCUUUCCAUCCCGUCUGCUUGGCACUCGUUUUUGAUAUUUCAAAAAGAAAAUCGACGAGAUAUUCCUGCGGUAAUUGCCAAGCAACAUAGUUUAUUCUCGUUACUUUAUCUAUUGGCAGUUUACAACCAGGGAACUGUUUAAUUAAAAAAGCGUUUAUUAUCAAAAGGAGAAAGGUUUCAAAAAUUGCACGGUCACCUACGAGAGGUGAACGCGCUGGAAUUGGAGUAGUUUUCAAUUAGCAAUAGUCGCCCAUCGGUAAAACCUCACUUGGGAGACAUUGCCCGUGCGCAAAGACGCUAAAAAAAAAAAUGGGAACUGGGCGUAAUUUAAAACAACGCUGAAAAUUAUUUUGGUGUUGGGACAAUGGAUGAAAGGGGGGGGGGCAAAACUCUGCCACACUGCUUGAUGGUUUCUUUGAGAAGGUAACCACAACCAUAAUUGAAACAGGCUGAAUAGCACUUGCUUUUAUUCCUGAUGUCUUCUUGAAGGACUUUUUGGAAAUUCCUACAGACGGAGUUCCUUGUAAUAGUUGCAAAGGAACGCAGUGGAACUCGAUAAGAUCGAGACUGUCAUAUGGAAAGAGUCCGUUUGUAUUGAUAGGUUUAUUGAAAUGAAAAACUUGACAUAUGAAGGUUUGAUCGGUAAACUUUUCUCGUCAUUGCCUCCGUCAUCUUAGCUCUAUUUAGA